AUGGCUAAAUCGACAGUUAGUCCUGCUGUAAGAGAGAGAGAUCGAGAAAAGAACUUUGUUGAUGAGAAGAAGUACUUCCUCUUAGCUCUUCAAGCAGUAUGCUCUAUACAAUGGAACAACUUAACUACAAUCUUUUGGAUAGUUUUCUUUUCUAGCAACGCAGGCUCCGUACUGCUCAUUCUACUUCACCUACCCAUUCGAUUGAUCCCAUAUAGCUUAGUGGACACUACGAGUAACUUUGUGUUCUCAUGUGCCGUCGCAUCCCUGCUUUCCUCUAUUUCCAUCGUUCUUCUUCGGAAAAAAAUAAUUCAGCAGUUAUUAAUUGAUCCAUAUGAUCUGGGGAUUUCUCAAAAGUUUUGGAGAAAAGUAUUUUUCAACUCCAUGCCAUGUUGUUCGUUAUGCCUUGCUCUUUAUACAACUGUCAUCAAAAUAGUAUUAUCGCCUGAAAGAAACGUUGUCUAUUCGAUCAUACACUCCGUUUUUCUGUUCAUAACUACUUACAAGCUUUAUCUCAACUUCACAUUCUAUCUCGUUGUAAUUUAUCAGCUAACUCAAUCAACAAGUUCUCUGAAAAUUAAAAUUCAAUUGUUCACCGGUGGACCAUUAGAAGAGAUCUCUCUUUAUCAAUUACAGAGACUUGACAGAUGCCUCGUGUUGCUGGAGCAAAUCCAAAACAUUUUCAUUUUCUUAACAACUAUCACAUCAGUGUAUUUCCUUACAUCCUAUUUCAUGUUGAAUGAUUUGGAUAUCUUAAUUCUGACCUUACCUUAUGAACUCAUGACGCUGUCACUUGUUCUGUCAAACUGUCACUUGAACAACCUGACUUUCUCGUUUAAAAAAGCCGCUCAUCGACUCUUCGACUUACAAGGCGUUGUAAGCAAUGCAUCCGUAUUAAUUGGAUACUUCACUUUCUUGUCACGAACGCACUUAAUCCCCUAUCUAAGCUGGUGUAAAGUUUUCAUCAUUUCUUCGGCCAACAUCUCGUACAUAUCAAUCAUCUCAAUAUUUCUGAUUUUAAGACUAACCAACUUCGCUUGA